GCAGGGCAGACGGACCGAGCCCCGUACCGCACUCACACCUCGGGCCAUGUCCGGCACCCGAGCCUCCAACGACCGCAGUACCCACCCUGGCGCUGGGGGGCACAAGAGACCCCGGCACGACGUGGGCAACAAGGUGAUCGUGGUCCUCGGGGCACAGUGGGGGGAUGAAGGCAAAGGCAAAGUGGUCGAUCUGCUGGCCACCGACUCGGACAUUAUCUGCAGAUGCCAGGGAGGGAAUAAUGCCGGACACACAGUGGUUGUAGAAGGCAAAGAAUACGACUUCCAUCUCCUUCCGAGUGGCAUUAUCAACUCCAAAGCCAUUUCAUUUAUUGGUAACGGGGUCGUCAUUCACCUGCCAGGACUGUUUGAAGAAGCUGAAAAGAAUGAAAAGAAAGGUUUGAAAGACUGGGAGAAAAGGUUAAUAAUCUCGGACCGAGCUCACAUUGUUUGCGAUUUCCACCAGGCUGUUGACGGUCUCCAAGAAGUACAACGACAAGCACAAGAUGGGAAAAACAUCGGCACUACAAAGAAAGGGAUCGGACCAACGUAUUCCUCAAAAGCAUCGCGCACGGGUCUCCGUGUUUGUGAUCUUCUGGCAGACUUUGACGAGUUCUCCUCCAGAUUUAAAAACCUGGCUCUUCAGUAUCAGUCCAUGUUCUCGAAUUUGGAAGUAGAUGUAGAGGGCCAGUUGAAAAAACUUAAGAUGUAUGCCGAAAAAAUACGACCCAUGGUGAGGGACGGGGUAUAUUUCAUGUACGAGGCUCUUCACGGCUCCCCCAAAAAGAUAUUGGUGGAAGGGGCUAAUGCUGCUCUACUUGACAUUGACUUUGGAACGUACCCGUUUGUGACAUCAUCAAACUGCACGGUUGGUGGGGUUUGCACCGGGCUUGGAAUCCCCCCACAGAACAUAGGAGAAAUUUAUGGCGUUGUGAAAGCGUACACCACACGAGUGGGCAUCGGAGCCUUUCCCACUGAGCAAAUAAACGAAAUCGGUACUGUUCUCCAGACGCGGGGUCAUGAAUGGGGUGUGACGACGGGCAGGAAGCGCAGAUGUGGUUGGCUGGACUUGGUCAUUCUCAGAUAUGCUCACAUGAUCAACGGCUUCACAGCAUUGGCUCUGACAAAACUGGAUAUUUUGGAUGCUUUGGAUGAGAUUAAAGUGGGUGUUGCGUACAAACUUAAUGGGAAAAGAAUUCCUUACUUUCCGGCAAAUCAAGAGAUUUUACAGAAAGUAGAAGUUGAGUAUGAAGUCAUGCCCGGCUGGAAAAGCGAUACCACUGGUGCCAGGAAAUUCGAUGAUUUGCCAGCAAAAGCCCAAAAUUACAUCCGAUUCAUAGAGAACCACAUUGGAGUCCCUGUUAAAUGGAUUGGAGUUGGAAAAUCAAGAGAAUCCAUGAUUGAACUCUUCUAGACGAUAAAAUCAUAUUUCUACCAUUGUCGAUAUCCCCGCUGAUACCAGAAACCCGAAAAUAAGUCCUUUCCAGAACGUGUUUAGUGAGCUGGGUUCAUCUUCUGCGAGAUUGCUUUCCAACGUUGUUAGAAUUUGUGUUACAGUUAAUGAGACCCUGGAAUAAAUAAAAUACUUUUGGUUUGAAAUGAAAA